AGUGUGACCGAUGUUUUUCACAGAAAAGUCAUCUUGUGAUACAUCAGAGAAUCCACACUGGAGAGAAACCUCACAAAUGCUCAGAGUGUGAUAAAUGUUUUUCACAGAAAAGUCAUCUCGUGAUACAUCAGAGAAUCCACACUGGAGAGAAACCACAUAAAUGUCUGGAGUGUGGGAAAUGUUUUGCCCAAUCUUCAGCAAUUCGCACGCACACCAGAACUCACACAGGAGAGAGGCCUCACAAGUGUGCAGAGUGUUAGAAAAACUUUUCAUUGUAAAUCAAAGCUAAAAAUGCAUCAGAAUGUCCAUAGCAGAGAUCUCUACCCUUUCAGUUGUGAACGAUGAGGGAACUUUUUUUUUUUCAGAAGUCACACCUUACUGUUCACCAGGACCUUCACACAGUCCCAGAAGGGAAAUCCUACAAAUGUUUGGUGUGGGGAAAGUGUUUUUUUCUAGUGAAGCAACCUCAAAUACUAGGAGAGAGUACACAAUGAGG